AACCGUUCGAUUUGAGGAAUUCUGUUUGUAUUCAAAAAAUAGCGUUUCGUAGCGGAGACUUUGGAACUACUUUGCAACGUCCGUAUAAAUAUAACGAGUCUAAUAAUUUCGUAGGCCCGUUAUUUGCAGUAAAAAUCCGAGGGUGGUAUUAGAAACUAUUCAGAAAGUUAUUUGAUUGGAAUCGUUCAAUUAUUCCCUAGAAAGUUUGUGUAUCUGUACUGUCAAGAUAUAUUAAUAUUCGUUGUAUCGUAGCGUAGAAAAGUGAUUGAAUUUGUUACCACAGAAAAUUUUUAGGUUAUCUUUUUAAUUUUGUAGAAAGUUACGAAUGUCGCAGUCUGUUUCUCGUAAUAUCAAAAAAUGCAUUCGAUACCGUCGAUUUGUAUCCGCGAUAGUGAAAUAAUGAAAUAAGAUCAAUUUCGUGUACCGCCUCGAUACUUUGUGACUGAGAUGGAUGACAAAUUGAAGCUUUCCAACCACGAAACAGAUUGUACGGGAAAAUGUGAUGACGUUAAUUUUAUUACAAAGCUAGAUAUUCGAUUAACUGAGGGCUUGACGAUGCAAAAUAGUGUUUUGCAAAUCCAAAGUAAUCAUUAUGGUAAUAACAUAUAUAGAAGUAAAAGUGAUUCAGUAUUAUGGAAAAAAGAUAACAAAGGACUGAAAUUAGACAGACCGAUGAAUGACAGUAUUAAUUUAAUGAUUAAUUUUGGUAUUGACAAAUCUGUUUCCAACAUUCCUGGUGCAAAACUUCAAGGAUGUCGUCAGUUACUUAACAGUGAUAUCAGCUUUUUGUACAAUGAUAGAUCUUUUCAUAGUUUGCUUUCCAAACGUACCAGUCUUUCUUUACCUGCAAUAUCAAUAUCAUCUGUGAAUGCAUUUACAGUGAAAGAUGAAUAUGAUAAUAAUAUAUAUAUGUACAGAAGUACAAGAACAUGUCUUGACGAAGAAGAAACUGUAUUUAAUCAGCCUAGAGAAAUAAAGAAUCUUCCAUCUGAUUUGCAAUGCCCUACGAAUAAAAACAAUAUUAAUGUUUAUAAAAGUGAGUCAUUGGAAGCUGAAUAUAAUAAAAAUGAUUUUAAGGAAAGUACUGUAGCAAAUAAUAUAUCAAAAAUUGAAGAACCUUGCAAAAUGAUAGUAGAUUCGCAAUUAGAGACAAAUAACAUUGAGACUUCAAAUGAGAAAUCUCAAAGUUGUGAAAAUCCACAUAAGGAUAAUGAAUUGAACUCGAUUCCGACGAUGAAUACACACGUGCGAAGUAACUUAAAGUCCCGACCGACGUUAGCUGAUGAUAGUAAACUUGUUAAAAUGUCACUUCUGACAAAUCCAAUGAACAUAAUGCAGUCAAAUGUUCAGCUUUUAAAUAGAAGUCGUAAUUUUUUAAACUUCAUAACAGAAAAAUCAACAAACAUUAUGGAGAAAGCUUUACUACCACAACAUUUGGCAAUGAGAUAUAAUCACAUGUCGAAAUCUGUUGAAACCGAUACUGUGGGAGGAGCACUUGGUACUACUAAUGAAUUCCCUUUGGGAAAUGUAACAAGUAAAUCAGAUGCAAUUUUAAUAACAAAUUCAAAUAAUAUUUCUAAUGCAACAAAUUGCAUGGUAAAACAAGAUCAUGACAAGAGCAAAGAUAAAUUGGAUGGUGCAACAAAUAAUAGAAACGAAGUCAAUCCAUUUGCAUCUAUAAAAGAGAAAAUAUACGAUCUUGAAGGUGAAAUAGUAUCAAAUGAGAAGGAGUAUAUUCUUGAUAAAAAUAACAUAGAUGAAUUAGAUUGCAAUAUUACCAAUGAACAGGCAAAGCGCGAUUUUUCAUUGACAGAAACGAAUAAAAGAAACUUCUUGCAGAUAGAGAAAUUACACGACAACAUGUGUAAAACAGAAUCGCUUGAUACUCGCACCUUGCUAGAUUCAGAUAUUUCGAAAUAUGGUUCAUUAGAUCAUCCGUUGCAUCGUAUGCUGUUAGAGGAUUACACCAAUUUAAAAAUCAAGCACUUUAAAAGUCAGGCAAAGUUAUUAGAGAAAAUAGAUAGUCUAGAGAAAUCGUAUCGAUCGGAUAGGGAAGCGCAUACAAAUACAGAUGCAUAUAACUUGCAAGUAGGGAACUUAGAAAAAGCUGUAACUAAAUUAACAACCGAUCUGAACGCGUCACUGGUCACGCAAGAAGCCCUGAAGAACGAAUGUACCGCGGUAAAUAAAGAGAGAGAAAAUAUGGUUAUGAAAUAUGUAAUUAGUGAGAAACAAUUGAUUGAUUCGCAAAGAGCGAGAGAUUCCGCAGAACGUAAAGUUAAAGAACUUCUGAAGGAUCAGGAAGCAUUACAAUAUAAGUUACGUCAAACGCAAGGUGAGCGUACAAGAAUAUGUAACAUUCUGGACGCAGGACGUCGUGAAAUAGUUGAUCAUCAAAAAGAGAUAGAGAAAUUAAAAGAGGAUGCUAAAACAAAGGAAGUCCAACUAAAGUGGACACAAACUAAACUUAGGACUGAAAUGGAAUUGCAGAAGGAUACUCAACAGAAACUGGACAAAGCUUUGAUAAAAAUUAAUGACAUGAAAGAAGAAUGCGAGCAGAUACGUCGCGAGACGCAAGAAUCAUUCCGUAAAUUUCAGCAGUCCGAAGAGAACAAAGCUGUGACAUUAGAUCAACAAUUGAAGGAGCAUCGAGCGCGUUUAAUCUUAGAGAGGCACGUUACGGAAGAUAAAGAAACACUGAGACUUCAGUUACAAAAAGAACUGGAAAUUCUGAAGUCUAGACAACAAGAUUUGAUCGAAGAAAAUAAGAGGCUUAACUUGAAAGUUCAAGAUUCUGAGAAAGUUUGGUUGAGCUAUGAAAACAAUUUGAGUGAUUUAAAAAAUGUGGCGAAACAACGUCAAGAACAAAUUACCGAAUUAUCAAACAAAGUUUCUCAUUUAGAGACAUUAAAACUUCAAUUGCAACAUAAAGAAGAGUAUAUUGCGUCGGUCGAAGUUGAAAUACAGCAAUUACGAUCGGCUAACGAGGAAAUGCAAGCCGACAUGCAAGCAUGUCGUCAAAAAGAGGCGAAUAUGUUGGACUUUACGCAAAAAUUAACGGACAAAAACGUGCGUCUUCAAUCCGAGUUUAUCGCGAUUCAAAGGAAAGCGGAUUAUCUCGAAUCCGAACACGGUCCAUUACGCGACUGUAUUAACGAAUUAACUAAUAAAGUAAAAGUUUUGGAAAGAGACUUUAUAGAAGAACAAAAAAAACGAAGAGAAGAGUGUGAGAUUUUGGCUAAGCAUGUCGCCGAACAAACCCAACUUGCGCAAAACAUUGCCCAGAAAUUGGAGGAUAGUCAAGGUGAAAAUGCAGUAUUAAAGAGGAAACAUCAAGUUUCGAUCAAGGAGAUGACACGAGAAUUACAGCAAUGCCGUAGAAAAUUAGAAGUGUUUGAAGCCGCAUCUCCUACUAAUUCCUUGGAUAUUACAUCCAGGACUGGGUCUAAUACUUCUUUGAAUACAGGCGAUACAUUAAACGGUGCCUUAUCGGAUAACAAUGCUAAUAGCGACCAUACUCAUCCUAUACCUAAUAAACAAAUAUUAAUGGAUCACAUUAUAAAAUUACAAGAAAUAAACGCAAAAAGAGCCGAGAAACUUGAUUUUUUAGAGGGACAUACUCAAGUAUUGGUCGAGGAACUAAAGAAAAAAGAGAAAAUCAUACAAAACUAUAUUUUACAACAAAACUUUGGAGCUUUGGGAUGUAACGAAAGAGAUAAACACAAGCAUAUCAAAAGCAGAAGGGAUGCAGCGGAAUUGGCGCGACAUGGAGGUAUAAUGGCAUCUGUUUACAAUCAUCGAGUUUCAGACGAGAAUAUGACUCUAGAACUUUCUUUAGAAAUAAACCAAAAGUUACAAGCAGUUCUUGAAGAUGUAUUAUUGAAAAACAUCACUCUGAAGGACAAUAUUGAUACAUUAGGUAAGGAGAUAGCAAGAUUAACAAUGCAGUUUCAACAAAGUCAAAUCGAAAAUUAAUAAUUGUUACAUAUAUAGGUGCAUACAUAUGUGUGCGUGUAUAUACACACACAUAUAUAUAUAUAUAUAUUGUAGAGAAUUGUGUAUAAAUGAUUCAACGGCAUUUCACUUAUUAUUGUUUUAAGUUGCGUUAAAUAACUUGUUAUUUUUGUCACUCUGCUAUAGAUUGCAUCAGAUAUAUAUAUAUAUAUAUAUAUAUAUAUAUAUAUAUAUAUAUAUAUAUAUAUAUUUGAUGUUAUAUUUAAUAUAAUAAAUUCUUAUCUUAAAAUCAGUGUCUCCUGUUUUGUGAGAAAUAUAAAUUUUAGUGUUAAGAAAUUCGGGAGGUGUCAAGGUAACAAACCACGAACUUGGUAAAUAAAUGUUUAUUUGCAAGUUUAACUAAAUUAAUUUAGUUUCUAGAGUACUUACAUCUAGAGGCACUAGUCAAGCUUAAAAUCUAGCUGACUACAACUUUAUAUAUCAUACCCGAUGACUAAUAUGUUGAUCUACGCUCAGGUUCUCAAACACAGUUGAUGAACGAGCGUGUAACAGGUGAAAGAUUGCGAAUCGAAGUGAAAUCUCGACUAAACCUAGUUUAAUAUUAGGUAUCUUUAAAUUUACUUUGAAUUGUUUAUUUUGAGUAUUUUGAAUGUGAGCGAUUAGAUUAGUGUACAUAAGAUAUUCGCUAAUAUAAUUUUUAUGGAAGAAGAGAUCAAGGGAACCAAUAUACGUGGUUUUCCCCUGUAAGAUUAUUGUUGAUCAAUGUGUGACAGACGCUAUAAAACUGCAUACUCAUUCCUUGUAUUGCGUAUUUAAUGAUCAAAUUCAUUUGCACGUCGUGCGCUUCUAAUAUUCACCGUCAGCUAUGAUAGCUAAUGUUGCUUUUGAAGGUUGUCUUUUUUUUUUAAAUAAUCGAGAAGAUCGUAAAGUGCUACAUGAUACUGACAACUAAUACUGCAAUAAUAGAGUAUAAGAGAACGUCAGUAGACGUAAUAAGGUAGAUUUAAUAUAUUUACUUUAGUUAUUUUAAGUGUUAUAUACGAUAAAGAAUUGCUAUAGAAAUAAUUAAUGCCUGCUUGAAAUUUUAUGCCAUACGAUUUCUCUUUACGGCACAUUGUAACCAUGUUUUAUAGUUAAUUCCGCCAUUUUCAAGUUUUGUGGACGUGCACUUAUAUGAUACAAAAAACAUUACGCGUGUAAUUAAAAUAGGGCUUAUUUAUUUCAAUAAUUUAUUUCAAUAAUUUAUUUUUUAAUGAAAAAGAGAUUUUGACUUAUCUUUUCAGUUUAAUUCCAUACUAAUUUCGAUGUCCUCAUUAUUUUCAUAGAAUACUAUACGAUCGAGUUUUUAUAUCUCUUCUUUUUGUUCUAAGAAAUAAAUGGAGAUUUCCAUUUAAUUCUUUUAAUAUUCUUUCGUAUUUUUCGUUCUUUUUUCAAUAAAAGUCUGAUGUAUAUAUCUACAGGAAAAUUACAUAUUCUUUUUUCUUUACAUACGUUUUCUUUGAGAAAACAUAAUUCAUUUUGCACUGGUUUCAAACAGGCAUAACUUUAACGUCCAAAUCCGUUUACUACUCUCGUGAUUACUUCCGUGCUACAUGCCGUGUGAAAUAGACAAGAUUUCUAGAGCAACCUUCUAGUGUUAAGUAGUUUAAGAAUCGAAUUACAAUCGAUCAAUGGAACGCCCGAUUAAUAUUUAGGAAAGACAAACAUACGAAAAACAAGGUGUCGAGGAAACUGUAGCAGCAAAAUUCGAAGAGUAAGAUUAGAGAAUAAAGAAAUAAUUAUUCAAAAUUUCGAAAAUACAUUAUCAACGAAAAUACAUUAUCAACGAAAUAAUAAAUUAAUUUUGAAAUAUAAAUAUCAUAUUCACAUUACGAAGUAUUCAUUACGUGGAAUAGCUAGUAUGUUGAAUUAUAAUAUAUGGACAAUGUUACUAACUAUGCCAUGGUUACGAAUACAUUCGCGAUUAAGAAAAACAAAGUACGUGAAAUCACGAAUCACGGUACAAUCGAAAACUAGGUAAUACCCGAGUGUAAAAAUAUCCCACAUUUUUAAUCUGUGUUUUUACACGUAGAAUUAUCGCUUUUUCCAUUGUACCAUAUAUCACGUCUCGAUAGAAUAUAUAAUGUGAACAAUAUGUUCAUAAGUCAUAAUAAACAACACAUUUUGAUGUU